AUGUUAGUCGCUAAAGAGUUGUGUGGUUUAGCGCUAGCCGAAUGUGAUUUAAUCACAGUCAAAAAGUCAUCCGUCCAAUAUCAAGAUAAUAAGAAGUAUUUGGCUUCCUAUGAUUUUUAUCACAUCCCUUAUUGG